AUGAAGCGCAGCAUGGCUGGCUACUCCGGAGCUCCCGCCACGAAGAUGGCGCGAACUGUAGACCACCCUUUGAACCCUCCGACCCUUCCAAGCUCUUCCAUGGGUCCUCCCCCCACCAACUCUAACAACUCCCACGUCAUCGCCGAGCUUCGAAGACUUCAAGUUCGAAACACGGAACUGGAGGGAUUAAACAAAGAGAUCUACGCCCUUCUUAAGGACACCAUGAAGCAAGCAAAGGAGGACCUAGCCGCAGUAAAGGCCGACUCAAAUGCCAAGAUUAACGCAAUUCGAGAUCACCAUGCCAAACUGCAAGGGGAGAUAGCAGCACUAAACCGGCCACGACGCCGUACUACGUUGCGGAAAGAAAUUGAGGAGUUCCAAGAAAAGGUUGAGGGCUUGGAGACAAGACUACGAGACUCCGAUACUCAGAACACACAACUCCGAGAGGCUAUCAUCAGGGCCGAGAGAGAAAGGGACGAGUUGAAGCUUCGCUUCGAGGCGAUGGGAACCUCGAAUGGCCAAACAAUUGGCAAUGCUCACCCAACUCCCCCGCUCAGCCAGGGAAGCAUUAUCAGCCCGAACUAUGUCGAGCAGCUGGAUGAUGUCAAUUUCCAACAACAGCAACUCAACAGUUUCCAACAACAACUCAAUGGCGUCGACCAGCAAUAUCUGGACAAUGUCGACUUCCAACAGACACUCAAUAGCGACACUCAACAGCAAUUCGAUGGUGCCAUCCAACAGCAAUUCAAUGGUGUUGACCAGCAGCAACUCAAUGGUGCCGACCAUCAGCAAUUUGAUGGAGUCGACCAGCAGCAAUUUGAUGAUGUUGACCAGCAAUAUCUGGACAAUGUCGACUUCCAACAGACAUUCAAUAAUAUCGACACUCAGCAGCAACUCGAUGGUGCCACCCAACAACAACUCAAUGGUGUCCAACAACAACUCGAUGGCGUAUUCCAGCAGCAAUUCGAUGGUGUCGACCAGCAGUAUCUAGGCGGUGUCGACUUCCAACAGACAUUCAAUAAUAUCGAUCCCCAACAGCAGCAAUUCGACAAUGUCGAUUUCCAACAGCAGCUGUUUAAUCACAUCGAACAACAGCCGUCCUAUACCUCCAAUCAGCUAAAGCCCAGCGUUGCAGUCGCAAGCACCGCCCCUCAAACUCAGUUCAACCAUUCACCUGAGGCGGCAAGCGGAAACCUGCCCAAUGCGCCUAUUGAUCAAGCCCCUGACGGUCUCGACAACCAGCUGGAGGCAUACGGCAAGGACGAGCCACUACUAUGGGGAGAUGAGUUGCCAGGCUUGGACUUCGAUGCAUAUAUCGAUAUCGAUGCCCUAAUUGGCGGGAAUUAA